CUGCCCGCAGCCGCCAUGGCGGAGAAUUGGAAGAACUGCUUUGAGGAGGAGCUCAUCUGCCCCAUCUGCCUGCACGUCUUCGUGGAACCGGUGCAGCUGCCGUGCAAACAUAACUUCUGCCGGGGCUGCAUCGGCGAGGCUUGGGCCAAGGACAGUGGCCUGGUGCGCUGCCCUGAGUGCAACCAGGCCUACAAUCAGAAGCCGGGCCUGGAGAAGAACCUGAAGCUCACCAACAUCGUGGAGAAGUUCAACGCCCUGCACGUGGAGAAGCCGCCGACGGCACUGCACUGCGUGUUCUGUCGCCGCGGCCCCCCGCUGCCGGCGCAGAAGGUCUGCCUGCGCUGCGAGGCUCCCUGCUGCCAGUCCCACGUGCAGACGCACCUGCAGCAGCCCUCCACCGCCCGCGGGCACCUCCUGGUGGAGGCGGACGACGUGCGGGCCUGGAGCUGCCCGCAGCACAACGCCUACCGCCUGUACCACUGCGAGGCCGAGCAGGUGGCGGUGUGCCAGUACUGCUGCUACUACAGCGGCGCGCAUCAGGGACACUCGGUGUGCGACGUGGAGAUCCGGAGGAAUGAGAUACGGAAGAUGCUGAUGAAGCAGCAGGAGCGGCUGGAGGAGCGAGAACAGGACAUCGAGGACCAGCUCUACAAGCUCGAGUCGGACAAGCGCCUGGUGGAGGAGAAAGUGAGCCAGCUGAAGGAAGAGGUGCGGCUGCAGUACGAAAAGCUUCACCAGCUGCUGGAUGAGGACUUGCGGCAAACAGUAGAGGUCCUGGACAAGGCGCAAGCCAAGUUCUGCAGCGAGAACGCGGCGCAGGCGCUGCACCUUGGGGAACGCAUGCAGGAGGCCAAGAAGCUGCUGGGCUCCCUGCAGCUUCUCUUCGAUAAGACAGAGGAUGUCAGCUUCAUGAAGAACACCAAGUCUGUGAAGAUCCUAAUGGACAGGACCCAGACCUGCACGGGCAGCAGCCUUUCUCCUCCUAAGAUCGGCCACCUGAACUCCAAGCUCUUCCUGAACGAGGUGGCCAAGAAGGAGAAGCAGUUGCGGAAGAUGCUAGAAGGUUCCUUCAGCACGCCGGUGCCCUUCCUACAGAGCGUCCCCCUGUACCCCUGUGGUGUGAACAGCUCUGGGGCAGAGAAGCGCAAGCACUCGACAGCCUUCCCGGAGGCCAGCUUCCUUGAGACGUCAUCCGGUCCUGUGGGCAGCCAGUAUGGGGCAGCGGGCACAGCCAGCGGCGAGGGCCAGUCUGGGCAACCUCUGGGGCCCUGCAGCUCCACACAACACUUGGUGGCCCUGCCGGGUGGUGCCCAGCCAGUACACUCAAGUCCUGUGUUUCCCCCGUCGCAGUACCCCAAUGGCUCUGCCACCCAGCAGCCCAUGCUUCCUCAGUAUGGUGGCCGCAAGAUUCUCGUCUGUUCCGUGGACAACUGUUACUGUUCUUCCGUGGCCAACCAUGGUGGCCACCAGCCGUACCCCCGAUCUGGCCACUUCCCUUGGACAGUGCCCUCACAGGAAUACUCACACCCACUUCCACCCACACCCUCCGUCCCUCAGUCCCUUCCUGGCCUGGCAGUCAGAGACUGGCUCGACGCUUCCCAGCAACCUGGUCACCAGGAUUUCUACAGGGUGUAUGGGCAGCCAUCCACCAAACACUAUGUGACAAGCUAACGCCAAGCAGGCAGUGGACGCUGGGGACCCUACCCCCCAGCCCCGGUGGCUCGGGAGUUACACAUUCAGAGACCUGCCCUUCUUUCUGCCCUCCUCUCUCCUUCCUCCAUUCCUCCAGGUCUUUUCCAUUUGGUUUUGUUUUAUUUAGGACCUUGUUCUGAUUUUUUUUUUUUUUUUUUUAAUUAUUCAUCUCCUGGAUGAGGAGGAGGUGGUGGGAGCUGGCCUGGGUAGGGGCUGCAGGUGGCCCUGGAGUUGGAACAGUGUCUUUCUCAAGGCACUGAACUCUCUAUCUUUUCUUUUUUUCUUUCUUUUCUUUUUUUAAAAACCCACUCUUUCCUUCCCCUGCAUUGCUCCCAUGGCUGGAAGAAGCCUUGGGAUGCCAACUCUCCUCACUUACCCUAGGAGAUGGCCCAGUGCCCACUGAUCUGUUUCUCUUCCCUCCAAUUUUUCUUCUGGGCAGUUUGAUCACUGAUGGAGUAAAGAAUGACCUAUA